GCGGGGAGGGGGGCGUGCCGUCUGUCAAAUCGAAUUACGUUCUUGAGUUAUAUUUUCGCGAUCAUUUCAUUAGAAAAAAAGCUUUUUCAUGAAUUAAUUUGCGCUGUAUUAGUGUUAUUGUCUGUUCGCUAACGGUUGGCGAACAUGAAACAUAGUGCGAACUCGAAAGACUCUGCUACAUUUGCGUCGCGAUCACGGCCCGAGGAAUUGCUAUUUUUAUUUAGCCCAGUUUUAUUGUAAAUAUUGUUUUUAUGUGUCGAAACAGUGGUGCAGUACUGUUUUUUGAACUUAUUUCUUAGUCUAUUUGACUGUGAUCAUCGACGGACCGUGAAAAAAUUACGUUCAAACGUUUUGUUACAAAAAUACUUUCGAAAUUUAGUGUUUGAGCAACGUCUGGUGCCAAUGUUAGUACAAAAACGGAUUUGUGUACUUAAAAUGUAGUGCCAAAGUGUUCUAAUGCAACCUUUUACAGUGUUACGUGUGUAAUUAUCGCUAAAAGUUACUAAAGACGCUUAUAGUGUACAACAUUUGAAUUUGGAGUGUUCUAAAUGAGGUUGUGUAUGUUUUUGACUGUUGUAAAAGUGAAGUGAAUCUAACUAAAUGGCAUUUUAUCGCGGUAAAUUGCUUUAUAUUAGUGCAAAUCGAAGAUGAGGCGGGUUUUCGGCGUAUGCACUGACAGCUGGAUGCUCUGUGGUCAGAAUGUGAGCGGAUAAUCAUUCCAGGCUCUCCUAGAUGUUGUCUGGCUCCCCCCACGGCUCGGUGAUGUCGUGCCAGUCGCUCGCCGCUCGCGCGUUCGCCGAGCCCGACAAGGAUAUGACACAAUGCAGCAGUUUUCACAGAUCGGUACGGUUCAGUUCUGACUCUCGGAGCUCCACCAGAGCCUCCAAUGAUGCGGAAAACAAGAGGGAGACACCUGGCUCCAUAUCCUUGACGGCGCUGUCAGUGACGCCCGUGACGUCACAGGGAUCAGCCAUGAGCCAGUCAGCACCCUCAGCAUCAGCAACUUACGAUGCUGAUGAUGAUUCGCCGGUUCCCCCCGUACCUUCGUGCCGCUUCCCCAAGCUCGAGGAGUGUGCCCAUUUUCACUACGAGAGGGUGUCUCUCGGCGGACUCAGCAUUGAGACUGUUCGCUGUGAGGAUAAGUGCCAAGACUCCAUGGAAGACGGUGAAGGUUGGAUCUGUCUAAAAGUGCGGUCCCACGUCAGUUCAACUGAAGAGGCUUCCGAGUCCAAAGCCCUGAGCUCCUCGUGGACUGAAGCCAGCGAUGUACGGGAGUGGACGCUCACGAGGAACAGGGAUAACUUGCUGCAGUUGGAUGAUAUGUUGCAUAGAUGCAUAUACGAUCGCAAAGUCUCCGGAUUACCGAACCUUCGAGAGAAAAUCUCCCCAGCUCUCUCCCGGUCCGAGUCAGAAUACCAGCGUCUGAUAUCAGACUACGUGCAUCACCUGUCCAUCAUAGCGGACGACUCUAUCAACUGCGGGCCCGUGCUUAACUGGCUGCAGAUGGACAAUAAGGGUCACAAGCUGUUGGUGGCGAAUGAAGACUCGUCGUCGAUCAACACGCCAGCCGUCGCCGCUGCCUACUCCGUCAGGAAAUAUGUGUCACAGGCUCGAGACGAAAUAAGCUUCGAAGUUGGCGACAUGAUAUCUAUCAUCGAUAUGCCUGGUCCAGCCGAAUCCCUGUGGUGGCGCGGCAAGCGAGGCUUCCGCGUGGGCUUCUUCCCGCACCACUGUGUCGCCGUCAUCGGGGACAAGGUGCCGCGCCAUAUGACGCAGCCACCGCCUAUUGUCGGUUCAGUAGCAGUAGCCCCAAUAAAACCGGUUCUCCGCAAGCACGGGAAGCUGAUCUCUCUCUUCCGUAGCUUCAUACUCUCUCGACCCUCGCGCCGCAGCCUGAAGCAGCAAGGCAUAUUGAGAGAGAGGGUCUUCGGGUGCGAUUUGGGAGAACACCUGUUGAAUUGUGGACAUGAUGUGCCAGCGGUGCUAGUAUCAUGCGCGGCCUGCAUCGAGGCCCGGGGCCCAGUAGACGGGGUGUACCGGCUGUCGGGCGGCGCGGGGCUCACACAGAGACUGCGAGCUGCUUUCGACGCGGGGCAAGCACCCGACCUCUGCGCCCCGGCCGCCGCCAGGGACCCGCAUGCUGUACCGUCGCUGUUGAAGAUGUACUUCCGCGAGCUACCAAAUCCUCUAUGCACGUACCAGCUAUACGAGAGUUUCGUGAACGCAGUCCAAACUGGAGACGAGGCAGCCAGGCUUAAGGCCGUUAGAGAUACUGUCGUUAAACUGCCUCCGCCGCACUAUAGGACACUAGCCUACCUAAUGCGUCAUCUCCGUCGAGUAUCACUCCUGGGCUCGCAGACGGGCAUGACGGCGCGGAACAUGGCCAUCGUGUGGGCGCCCAACCUGCUGCGAGCACCGCGUCCGCAGCACGCACUGCAAGGCGUCGCCGUACAGGCGGUGGUGACAGAGUUUUUAAUCUGCUACGCGGAGGAAUUGUUCGCUCAAGAACAGGGCGAAGACUCGGGGCCUGAAUCUCUUGAACAGGAACGUUGUGAAUCUCAGGUGGAGCUUCGUGGCACGGAGUCGUGUCGGAGACCUAAGAGUUUGCCCAUCAAUCCGCCUACUAAGUUAUUGAGUCUGGAAGAAGCCCGUCGUCGUGGACAGGCGGGCGGAGCCCCGGCGCUGUCGCCGCGCCUGCCGCCCGCCUCCGGAGCCAUCGCCGCCGCCGCCGCCGCCAACACACAGCUGCGGCCCUCCUCGCACCUCCGCCCCAAGUAUAUCGAGGUCGGAUCAGGUCCCAACAAUUUACCGCAAUACCACACCGUAUUAGAAUUACCUGCACCCGGUAAGCGUGGUCUAAAGCGGUCCCCCAGCGGUUGGCGCGGCCUGUUCACGCGCAGCAAGCAGCAGCGAGCUCGCAGUCGCCGCGACACCGCGCCCACGCUGCCUCCGUCUCCUACACCGCCGCCCGACGUACCAAUGUGCCAGUCGGGCCUAGGGCUUCGCCCCGUGAAGUCGUGCGAGUCCCUCACUUCGGACACGGACACCCUGGCGCCGCUAGCCGACAGGGCUGCUGUCGCUUUGAAACAUCAUACCAGGUCAUCAUCAUGCGACUCCUACUUUGAGCCGUGGCAAGCCGAGUUAGCCGACAUGAGACUACGUCUAUCACCACAGGAGAGAGAUCACCACAUGUUCAGCGAAGAAGAUGACACGCAGCUGCAGAUGAACCACGCACAGGGUGAUUCCCUGUGCUCGACGCCGCCAGAAUCCGGUCUAUGCAGCGCGGAGCCCAGUCCGAGACGUAACUUACGCGUCGACAUACACCAAGCCAACGAAUUGGCUGAACGUCGUCGCCUAGCCCUAGAGGAGCAACUUUCCUCAAUCGGCUACAUCGACGGCGAGUCUCCGCGUUCCCGCCCGCCGCCCGAGAAGCGUCACUCCGCCCGCCCUGCCUCGCCGCCCAACUCCGAUAUUGCUAAGAGACUAUGCAAAGACCGAGAUAGUCCACUAGCGUCACUCACAGACUUCCCGACCUCUCUAGGCAACGUGAAACUCAGAGAGCGAAACUCGCCCAGAAAAUCCAAAGCUCGAUACAGUGGUAUGCACUUAGACACUGAUAAACAGACAAACAGGCUCAGUUGGCACGGCAAAGAUGGCCAUUCAACCCUCAUCAAAAUUGAUUGGCCUGCAGAAAAUUCCGUCUCCACAUUAACUACAAGCACUAUCAAUUCUAGCCCUCUAACACCAGUCACACCUAUAUAUGACCCUCUAGAAAGCGAUUCAGAAAUCAGCGAGUCAAAUAAACAUACUAUACAGAUUAAAAGUGAAAUUUGUAACAACUGUGAUCAAGAAAAAUGCUUAAAAUGUGAACUCAAAGCUACUGAUUACGAAAACCUUAAAGAUUUCUCCGAAGGCUUACAUGACAGUUUAGAACACAGUCCGUUACACUCCACCGAUAUUAGCUAUCAGAAUCUUAAUAGAUUGUCUGCAGUUUCGAAUUCAUCCAACUCCGAUCACACGGAUAAGAAAAAAGAUGACAAUGAUGCAAUGAAGGUCAUGACGUCAUCUCACGAAAGCUCGUCAAGUUAUUCCAACGUCAGUUUAACAAAAGCCGAUGAGUUGUACGAAUGUUAUAACUAUACACGACCGAAUUACAUUAAUUUACAGUCGUCUAGUACAAGUAAAAGUUCGCCAGGGAGUCCCUUAAAAAGUCCUCUAAAAUCUACCAUUAGUAUUACAUUCCGAUCUCCAAGUAAAUCUAAGAAUUUUGAAGACACACCCACAAAUGAUAGGGAUUCGGUCUACGAAGAUAUUGAUUUAGAAAAGAAUUUGUCGAUAGUUGAAGACGCUAGUGUACCUCAAACUGAUGCAAGUUUGCCUACCCAACAGGCUUGCCAACCUGAUGAUCUUGAGGACUUAAUCAUACUUGAAACUCCGACUGAAACCAAUCUUAAUGACGAUUUAGAUGUCUAUAGCCAAGUUAAAUUCUUCAAAAAGAGUAUUGAUGAAGUUAAUGCAAUGUUGCUACCAGAGGACAGGCAUUAUGAAAACAUUGCGUUCGAAACACAAAAUGAGUAUGAAAAUAUUAAUGUUGGCACUCUCAAAAUUUGUGACAAAGACCUUAUAAAUGUUGAUAACACAAAAGAAAAUGUUGAAAAUGGUGAAAAUGGCAAUUUCAAAACUAUGAAUGUCAGAGAAUUGGCCAUCCGUUUCGAAAGUCCUACGGAACAAAAAGCGGCGUUCACCUUCGAUAAAUUCAAAGCUGAAAUCAAAUACCCAAGUUUGGAACGAAAAGACGAAAAACGGAUAUUGGAAGUCAAAAAAAUCGACGUCAAAAUUCCCACAGCGUCGCCUAAGGCUUAUAAAUUAUCAAAAAAUUCUUGCAAUGCCAGAUCUUUAGACGAGAACGCGUUUAUAAAAGAAUUUGGUAACGACGAAUCAAACGAUAGAAGAAAAAGUCUAGAAGUUAAAACGUCAAACAAGAAACUUCCAGAUUUAAAUUUAAAUACCGAACACGAGCAUAAAGUAAUAAUAACUCCGACCACAGAGAACAAAAUCUCUUUGAUACAAAGAUUCGAUAGGCCCGACAUUAAAAACCUAAUCUCUUUAGACUGUGACAAGAAAUUAAGCAGAGAAAGAAUAGAGAAAUAUAAGGAAGAACGGAGAAAUUUUCUCCGAGAGAAAUACAGUUCGCAAUCUUUUCGUUCAAGUCCUGAACAGUUGACGCGAAUAAAGAUACGGAAAGAUAAAGAUGAUAAAAUAGAGAAUUGUGAAAGGUUAAAAGAUGAAUUGCCUAAGUUUGAGAGGCGGAAUACGGUGGACUUAGGGCAGAGGCUGAGAUUCAGCCUGGCUAAGAGUAGCAACAACCUGGAAUCGAUCCCGUCACCUUCUAGUCCUGAAAAAGAGUUUCGGUGUGAGGGCAAUCAAGAGAGCAGCCAGUUUGAUAGAAAGGAGAAAGUUUCCCCCACAUAUAAUAUAAGAGAUAUGACGGCGAUUUUCGAGCAAAAAUCUCAACAUAACGGUUGACAUUGACAGAAUUACUCAUAAAUGUACCAUAGACUGUGGUGAGACUGGCGGCGGUUGUCUCUGGUCACGCUAAGUCGGCCAUCUUGAAAAAAAAAAUUGUAAAGAACGUUUUCUUUUUUGCUAGUAUUUGUGAAUGUUACAAAAAAUAUAUUUAUAGGAGAAUUGGUUGGUGGAUUUUCUUGGUUUGGUUAAGUGUCAGGUACAUAAAUAUGAAAUGAGGUAUUUUAAUAUUAAAUUAAAAAUUCUGGGGUCAGAAAUUAAAAUUAGACAUAAACGUUGACUUACACUGAAAAAUCGUGUUAAAAGAGUAGAAGUAAUAAAUGUAUAUUGUAAACGAAAUAUACUAAUUGCUUAUCCCCAUUAUUACAGUCUUAUACAAAAAAAUACUUUAACACUGACCCAUUUUUAAAGCAACCGUGUGUAAAUUGUAAAAUUGUUUGUAAGCUUGCUUUUUUGGUGAGAUUUGUUACUUAUGCAUAAGUUGUGAAGUUUUUUAAAAAAAUGUGUAUCAAAAAUCUAUAUGCGUAUUAUACAAAUGAUUAAAAAACCAUGAUAAGGUGACAUUAUCACAAAAUUAUGAAUAAUUGGAAAAAUAUAACAUAAAAAAUAACCCCGCAGUCUCACUACAUUUAGCCAUUAAAUUGUUAUCUUGUAUAUUAAACAAACAAACUCAUUUUUAUUGUGAAAUGUAUUAUGAAUAAGUUGUAUUAUGAAUAUAUUGUUGUAUACUUUAUACAUAAUCUUAAAUAUUGAUUGCAGAAUCAAUUAAAAAGGAAAACAUACACAAAUCUAUACAUGGCAAAUAUAAAAUGUUUAAAGAAAGGCAUAAAAAAAAAUAUUUUAAUAAAAUGUUCACUUAAAAAAAAUUGUAACACCAAUCGUUUUUCACCAAGUUGCCGAAAAGGAGGAGUUUUCAAAGCGGGUUUUAUUUUUUUCUUGUAUAGUCCAAUCUGCAAUUUGUAUUUUUUAUUAUGUAUAAAGUAUACAAUCCAAUAUAUUUUAGUUAUUAUAUAAUAAGUCACUUGUUUCGUUAUAUUAUUAUUAUUUAUUGACAAUUUAUUUUUACUUAUUAUUAUUAAUUUCUUGUUUAAUCAUCACAAUUUUGAUCAAGUUUUGAAGCGAUAUAUAAAAGCUGGAUGCGAGAAGCCGAAAAUAGAUCUCAGUGGCGUGCACUUGGAGAGGCCUAUGUCCAGCAGUGGACUGCGAUAGGCUCAUGAUGAUGAUGAUGAUGAUAAAAAAAACAGAGAGUAUUUUUUUUUUUCAAAAUAUUUCCACAACGGAAAAUAGAUGAAAUUAUAAUGAUGUCCUCCUAGCCGAUUAUCGACCACGGCGGCUGUUCUCAUGUAAGGAGAUCAGCCAGCUGCGCAGGACAUAUUAUAGUUUGGGCACAUUUGCUUGGACUGCGGUGCACUCACUAUUCCUUCACUCUCAUAGCGCGAUACGACGACAACCCGACACCACCGGAGAGAGACCACAAGCACGACCGACAUUAACGUGUUCCCGAAAAUGCAUGUAUAAAUAUUAACCAUUUUUUUUUGUCUAUUUCGCUUCAAAACUGAAUCUAAACAAGUAUUAUUAUUAUAUUAUGAAAUAAACAAAUUAAUUCUCAUACGUUAAGUUGUUGACAAGGAAUCUCUAUAUAUAUUUCUCAAUGUUUUCUCGAAAAAACAAUGGACUCGAUUUUGGCGCCUUUUUCUAUAUGGAUGACAAAAUAGCUUAGAAAUUUUAAUGAGAAAGUGAAAUAUAACUUAAAAGUUUGGAAAAAAGGUUGAUAUUUCAAUGUUAACUUUUGUUAGUACAAUAACUUUAAAACGGUUGAGUCGAUUUUGAUGAAAUAUGUCCAAGAACCUGAUUAGACACCUACUUUCAUCCUAAAUCGCGUCCAAAUCGGAUCAUCCAUUUUAAGAGCUACGGUACCACAUUACAUAUGUGUAAACUUAUAACACCCCUCUUUUUUCCGUAAGUGGUUAAGAACAAAACUCAACUACCGUAUAUUGGAAUUUCAACUUUAUUGCCAUACUAUUAAGUUAUAUUUUCAGUUGUCUGAAAAUACCUCGUCACUAAUGGUCGGCCCUUACAGAUUUUUGGUUCUAAUAUGAUACUUGAAAGUAUUUGAGAAUCUACAUGGAAAAGGUGCCUAUUAAUUUUGACUGGAAUGCAUAUUGUAGCGGGUUUCAAUUUUGAAAACUUCUAAGAUGGAUCAUGUUAAAAAAAAAUACCUAUACUUAGUUGAUUAAAAUUAAUCCACUAUUAUGUCGUAAUCAUGUUUUCCAAAUAAGAGUAUUCUUAGUUGAAAUCUGUUGCAGUAUUGCCACAUAAAAGAAAUAUUGUGUUGCCAUAUUGAAAAAAAAUAUAGGUAAAUGAUAAUAAUAAAAAUGCAUUUAUUACUAUAUUUUUGUAAGCUGUAUUUAUUCAAUAGAAUAGAGGCUCUACAUUAAAUACUUGAAUCUUAUAGAAAUAUAAAAAAGACUAGAAAAAUAUAUUAAAAAUACUGCUACUCGGAAUCUCGGGAACAAUGCUGAAGGUUCUAACAUUUGUCAGAAUUUCUGACGCUUUCUGAAUAUGUCAGACGGUAGACGGAUUGUUUUUUUAAUAAAAAUUUAAAUGUUUAGUCAAUUUAUAUUUAAAUAAUGUUCAAUAUUAUGACAUAGCUUUCUUUGUAUAUAAAAUUAAGCACAUCUUUUUGUAAAGUCGGAGGAUUGAGUCGAAAACAUAUCGCUAGAAUAUACUAAACAGGUCUUUUUUUAAUUAUACACUGAUGCAUCUGCAGGAUACUGUUACUGUUACAGCCUUUUUAUCGUCCCACUGCUGGGCUGCGGCCUCCUCUCACACGGAGAAGGAUUGAGCAUUAAUCACCACGCUUGCUCAAUGCGGGUUGCUGAUUUCAGACUUUAUAGUCCAGGUUUCCUCAAGAUGUUUUUCCUUCACCUUUUUAUCAGCCAUUGGUGUCCAAGACAUACUUACUUUGUUCAUCUUUUUCUGAAUGAUGAAAUAGUUCCUAAUCGGAAUUGACACUCAAUAUGUUUUCGACUCAAUUCUGAUAUGCGGACAAUAAUACAAGUCUAUCUAUACAUUAAAAGCUUCGUUCCAAAAUGUACCUAUACUGAAUAAUCUUUCAAAGUCAUCUGUAUUUUAUCAUUUACGGCUGUUUAUCCAUCAGUUGAUUUGCUUACUAUCAUCAUCUGCCUAGCCUUUUCCCAACUGUUUUGGGUCGGAUCUCCUCAACCCAGUUACCUGGGCAACCCAAUACCUAGUAAGACUGGUUGUCAGACUUACUGGCUUCUAACUACCCGUAACGACUGCCAAAGCUGUGCAAUGACAGUCAAAUAGAGAUAGUAUUUUGAUAUUAUGAGCAAUUUCAAAUUCUUAUCUCUAGUAAGCAACAACAGAUGGAUUAAAUAUUGGGAACGGCCGAUUAACGAUUUUAAUGAACUUCAAAAUAAUUUGAAUUUUAUAGUAAUAUAAAUUGCAUUGAAUAAAAAAAUACAAAAAAAAUUGCUUGAACAGAAGUUCUUAAUGACAAUGUAAAAUUGAAUUAUGGGUUUGGUAUAUAACUUGUUUUAAAUCAUCUGUUAAGUAUGUUUAUUGUUUAUUUGACAAAGUAUUUAAUAUACUGCCAAUCCAUCCGUUACUUUUCGAUUAAAUAUUGAAAUUGGACAUAAAAUAUAUGAAGAUAUUGUCAAAAUUAAAUAUCCUAUCACAACACAUGGAUGGAUUGGUAAUUGUAAUCGGUAAAUCUAGUGGCAUGGUUCAUCACGUAUUUUCUGAUUAUCAACAUCAUAAUAUGACUAAACUAAUUUCCAGAGUCUUCUAAAGUAGGGGAGUUUUUAAACAACCAAUAGGAUUUUGUUAUUUAAAUAAUAUUGGUCUCCGACCACUCAGUAGUUUCCUUGAAAGGAGAAAUUCUAUUGGUUGUUUCAAAUCUUCCAUUUUGGUCGAUUAUGGCAUAUAAAUUAAGUUGUGCCCAAAUGGUACUUGCUAUUGGUGGAACUGGCCAUUUUAUAUUGUUAAUUUGGUACGAAAGAUGCUAUGAUUAUUAUUUGAAAUAAUAACAGAAUUUAAGUGCACGUAAAUACUUUAUAACCGACUGUGUCAUUGCCAAAUCGUGUUUCUCUUUCAAAAUGUAUUGUAAGCGACGCGAGCUAAGUCUCCAUGUUUAAACUAAGCGUAUAUAAAUAAAUAUUAAUUAUUAUGUAAAAAAAAUGUAACAUAAAACUUGUAUUUUUUGUUGAGGGAACACUGAGUUUGGUAGAUUUUUCGUUCAUAUGGCAACACCUUUGUGUUAUGGUAGAAUUUGAUUGAGUGACUAAUUUUAUAUUUAAGCCAGUAUUUUAAGUAAAUUAACAUAAAAUACGAAAUCUAUCAUUGAUUUUUAUGAACAAUUUCUUCAGAAAUGUACUAAAUUGAGUGUUGUUUCAAUGUUUAAGUUAAAAAAGGUGAGCUUUAAGCGUUUUCACUUAUGAGGAUGUCGCGAGGGCGUCUUGUACUGUCGUGUAAUAUAUGAAUAUCCUUUAUGUCAGCUUGUAGAUCGUAGGUUAUGACGAAUAAAAAAUAUUGCAGAA